AAAGCCACUGCUCACUGAUUGUGCUGACUAAACUAAAAACACCAUUAAAAAGCUUCCAUUCCUUCUUCUUCCCCUAGCCAUGCACGCAGGAGCCUCCUCUUCUUACCUUAGAAAUCUUCAAUGGGCCCAACCCAACGGCCCAAUAAGCCCAAAAACACUCCCACUGAACCCCUACGUCAGUUUCCGAGUCUCCGCCGUGGCAGCCCCACCGCCGCAGCUAAAGUUUCAGAGAACGCAUUCGAUGCCGCCAGAGAAAGUUGAAAUCUUUAAGUCGUUAGAAGGUUGGGCCUCCAAAUCUGUUCUGCCAUUGUUGAAGCCCGUGGACCAAUGCUGGCAGCCUCAAGAUUUUUUACCCGACCCGGCUAAGACUAGAGAAGAGUUCUUUGAUCAGGUCCGUCAAUUGCGUGAUCGGACGGUCGAGCUUCCAGAUGAGUUUUUCGUUGUGUUAGUUGGGGAUAUGAUCACGGAGGACGCAUUGCCUACGUACCAGACCAUGAUAAAUACCCUGGACGGCGUUAAGGACGAGACCGGAGCUAGCUCAAGCCCAUGGGCCCAAUGGACUCGGGCCUGGACCGCCGAAGAGAAUCGCCACGGUGAUUUGCUUCGAACUUAUCUGUAUUUAACGGGUCGGGUCGAUAUGACCAUGAUCGAAAGAACCGUCCAGUACCUGAUUGGAGCUGGCAUGGAUCCGGGAACAGAGAACAGUCCGUACUUGGGAUUUGUGUACACGUCAUUCCAAGAACGUGCCACGUUUGUGUCACAUGGCAACACAGCACGCAUGGCAAAGGAGAGCGGGGAUCCAGUGUUGGCGCGUAUAUGCGGGACCAUUGCAUCCGACGAGAAACGCCACGAGAAUGCCUAUUCCAAGAUCGUUGAGAAGCUUCUAGAAGUGGACCCCAACAAUGCCAUGCUGGCAAUCGCUGAUAUGAUGAGGAAGAAAAUAACAAUGCCGGCUCACCUUAUGUACGAUGGACGGGACCCUAUGAUAUUUGAGCACUUCUCGGCUGUGGCUCAGCGGCUCGGUGUGUAUACGGCUGAUGAUUACGCUGAUAUCUUGGAAUUCUUGAUCGGGCGGUGGAGGUUGGAGAAGAUGGUGGGGUUGUCGGCUGAGGCUCAGCGAGCUCAGAACUAUGUUUGUGGGUUGGCGCCCAGGAUUAGGAAGCUGCAGGAGCGAGCCGAUGAUCGGGCGCGUAAGAUGGAGCCACAAAGUGUCAAGUUUAGCUGGAUAUUUAGUAAGGAAGUCCUCUUGUAAAAAAAAUGGAAAAAUGAGAAAAAAAGAAAGUUUUGUUUUUGUUUUUGGCCCACCAAAAAAAAGUUUAUAAAUACUAUUUAAAUCUGAA